ACAUCGAAAAAACAAAUGAAUAAAUUAAGCUAGCUGUAAGAGUUACGUAUCCGGCCUUAGUGCAUGAUAUAGUAUAAAUCUGCACCUUUUAUAGAAAUUUGAAAUAAAACACUCUACUCAACAUUAAAUAGAAUAAUAGUAAGGGAGCAUCUGAAUUUGAAAAUGGCGAAUUGUAGCAAUGGCGAUUUCGAUUGGGGUAGAGCAGUUGAAGAGUUCAGCGAGAUGAAAACCGGCGUGAAGGGUCUGAUGGACGCCGGAGUGACGGAGCUGCCCCGUCUCUUCGUUCAUCCACCGGAGGAUCUGCAGAGCCAUCCGCCCCACGGCGGACAGCUGGAGCUGCCGACAAUAGACCUAGACGGGGCGGAGCGCGGAGGCGCACGGCGGAGGGAGGUGGUGGAGCAGAUGGGCAAGGCCGCCGCAGAGUGGGGGUUCUUCCGCAUCGUGAACCACGGGAUCCCGGCGGGAGAAAUGGACGGCAUGUUGGAGGCGGUGAAGCGAUUCCACGAGCUCCCGGCGGAGGAGAAGCUGGCUUUCUACGCGCCGGCGCACGACCCCCGGCCGGUGAAGCUGAACAGCAACCUCCCCGUGAGGGAGAAGGAUCCGGCCAGUUGGAGGGACGUGCUGACGUGCGUGUUUAGAGACGAUCAACUGGAGGCGCAACUCAUACCUUCAGCCCUGAGGAAGGAAAUGCUGGAUUAUGUCAAGUACAUGAUGGGACUGAGGGGGCUGAUGAACGAGUUACUCGCCGAAGCCCUAGGGCUCCCCACUGACUACCUAUCCAAUCUGGAGUGCAUGAGCAGCCAGUCGCUGGCAUGUUGGUAUUAUCCGGUUUGUCCAGAGCCAAACAAGACCUUAGCCUCACCCACCCAUUCCGACUUGACAUUCCUGACGCUGCUCAUGCAAGACACCACCGGCGGCCUCCAGAUCCUCCGCGACGAUCAGUGGUUCGAUGUGACGCCGGUUCGCGGGGCCCUCAUCGCCAACAUUGCGGAUCUGAUGCAGAUUAUAAGCAAUGGCAAGUUCAUAAGCGUGCGGCACAGAGUGCGGGCGCAGGCGGUGGGGCCCAGGAUAUCGGUGGCGUGCUUCUUCGGUCCGAGCGUGAGAGCUACGAGCAAGGCGUUCGGUCCCAUAAAAGAGCUCCUUUCCGACGAGAGUGGGCCCAGAUACAGAGAGGUUACCCUUCUUCAAUACCUCAGCAGUUACAAGAGCAAAGGCGAGCGAGUUGCCUCCGCCUUGCAUUAUUACCAGAUAUAACAAUGCAAUUUCAUAUUUUAAUUUAUUCCACCAAAUCAGAUUGUAAUUUACGUCAUGCCCUGCGGAAUCACUAAGUUGUAUUGUAUGCGUGCUUGAAUAAAAACCAGAUCCCACUUGAAA